AUGUGGGAAACUGUUGAUGAUGCGAAUGAACCGGAUGUGUCUCACACUAUUGUACGGGUGGAUACCGAAAGGUCAAGAAUUUCAGCGGAGCGAAUCUGCUCAUUAAUUAGUGAGCAGGGAAGUCUAGAAAGUCUCAGCUUAGAAGAAACAAAGCCUGUGCAGAUUCCUGCGGAAAGAGUAUAUCGUAUGUGGUAUCCGGAACAGGUGCCGAAGAGAUGUUCGUCGAAGGAUUUGUUUCAUUGUAAAGUAAACGUACAAGCUGAUGUAAAAGUAAAUUGGGAGAAGUUAUUACCGCAUCCCGGUGUCAUGAGGGAAGUGAAGAUGCGCGAGCAAGAUCUACGAACUGAUUUUGUGAUAGGUGAUGCUCAGAUACCUAACAGGCUGUUCCCAUCAUGGGUCAAGCCUGUAAGUGGAGAAGGAGGAUGUAACAUGAUGAUGGAGGCUAAAUUGGAGAAAGUAGUUAAAAAGAUAGAUUUGGCACUGCUGAAUAUUGCUGAGGCUGUACAUGUCGUCAAAGAACAACGUUCUCAUAAAAUACAAAGAUAUGAACCACACGAUUUGUUUUGCAAUCAUCAGAGACUUCAGUUUGUUUUGUUCAUCGUACAGUACUACGGUUUGGUGCUCGAUCUCCUCAUUCUCGGUCUGCAACGAGCAGAGCGAUGA